CCAAUUACUUCCAAACAAUAAACCCUAGCUUAAGCCUCUUAAACCCUCUCUUCAACUUCAGAAUUGAAAGUUUCGAUCUUUAGUGGACUUUGAAAAUAUAUAGAGACUGUGCGAGUGUGAGUAUGGAUUUGGAGAGAGAAGGGGGGCGUGGGGCGAACCAGUUGAGACCCAUUGACUGUACUCGCAACGUUCUCAGCCGUGCCCAUGGCUCUGCUAGUUGUUCUCAUGGGGAGACCAGGGUGCUUGCUGCUGUUUAUGGACCUAAAGCUGGGACAAAAAAGAAUGAGAACCCGGAAAAAGCUUGUAUAGAAGUGAUUUGGAAGCCUAAAACAGGGCAGAUUGGAAAAUCUGAGAAGGAGUUUGAGAUGAUACUGAAGAGAACAUUGCAAAAUAUCUGCCUUUUAACUGUUCAUCCGAACACCACAACAUCAAUUAUAGUUCAGGUUGUCCACGAUGAUGGUUCUCUUCUCCCGUGUGCUAUACAUGCAGCAUGUGCUGCUCUUGUAGAUGCCGGAAUCCCUUUGAAAUAUCUUGCUGUCGCCAUAUGUUGUUGUCUUACAGAAAGUGGGCAGAUUAUAUUGGACCCCAGCAAGCUAGAGGAACAGAGAAUGAAGGGAUUUGUAUGUAUAGCUUUCCCAAGCUCAAUUCAGUCUGUAAUUUCUCAAGGAUCAGCAGAUGUGGGUGGAGAAUCAGUGGGCAAUGGGGUUAUCACAUCUCUUACACAUGGUGUAAUGCCAGUGGACGAUUACUUUCAGUGUGUAGAACAAGGGCGUGCAGCAAUUAUACCGCUGUCUAAUAUCCUUAAAAAGAGAUUGCAAUCACAACCAGCAAGUAAGCAAUCCAAGGCUGGUUGAACUUGUUAUGACCCAAGCAUAAUAACAAGGGGGAAAAGAAAAAAGGACAGAAAAAUUCCCUUGUGACCGAGAAUUUGUUUUUACCUGGUUGGACAAUUCAUUGAAGCUUUCUAGUUGCCAUGAUACACUUCCUGGGAAAUGUAUUUGUUAGUGGAUAAGUAUGAAUUUGUCCCACUGCCUUGACGAUGCCUUCUUACGUGUCUGGUUGUGGACUUGUCGGAUCAUAGAAUCAACAGUUUUUGGGGUAGGUUUCAACUGUAAUGAUAUCCACAUGUUUCAACUUGCAGA